AUGAUUCUUAUGCACGGAGCAGAUAUCACAGUGAUUGAAAACUUGGACGGUCGAGAAAUGAGGAAAAAUAUCUACAAGAAUAAGAAUCAAUCUCUUUGGAUUCCAAUCAGAAAAAAUAAAAUCAAUGUCGCUGAUAACAACUCCAAAAAAUUCCCUGCAACAUUUCAAGCAUCACUGCGAACAACAUUAUUCAUCGGUCAAACUUUUUCUUUACUUCCCGUCAAUGGAAUCUUUAGUAAAACCGCAUCUAAUGUUAAGAAAAUCUUUGUUAAAUAUGGUAAUUUCCAUUUGAGGGAUAAAAAAAAUGUUUAGUCCCUAUUUACACUAAGAACUUCUAAGUGGAAACAUGCACUUAACAUUCUUCGUUGCUGUUACAGAUUCGACUGGACUUCGUGGAAGUGUGUCUAUUCACUUCUAUCAUUAACUGGACAAAUUUUCAUUACUAUUAUGUGUAUCUUGAAAGUUGCACAUUCUACUGUAACUCUUAACGUCACAACCCCAAUAAUAUUCUACAGUACGACAUGCAUAACAAUGACAAUGUUCUUCCGCGUAGCCAGGAAUUGGCCUAAACUCGUUCAAGACGUUUCACAUGUUGAAGAGUUGGACCCGAGCUUUGACCAUACAGUAACAUACAGAUGUAAUAUAACAUGCGGGGUUGUCUUAUUUUUAGCUUUGGUUGAGCAUAUCCUGUCCUUACUAUCAGCGUUCGCUGGUGCUAUGACGUGUUAUCCAAACAAACCCAUCUACGAAGGUUUUGUAGAGCAUUUCUAUCCAUGGGUGUUUAAUUUUAUACCGUAUACACCAUUUUUGGGUAUGCUUACUCAGUUUCUCCACUUUCAAUCUACGUUCAUCUGGAAUUUUUCUGAUCUCUUUGUGAUUUGUAUGAGUUAUUAUUUAACAUCUCGUUUGGAACAUGUCAACAAGAAACUAUUGGCUGCACAAGGAAAGUAUUUGCCGGAGUUAUUCUGGAGAAGUACCCGCGAGAAUUACGGUCGUGCGACGCAGUUGGUACGAAGAGUCGACGACGUAAUCAGUGGAAUCGUCUUCAUUUCCUUCGCUAACAAUCUGUUCUUUAUUUGUCUGCAGCUCUUUAACACUUUGGAAGAUGGUAUCAAGGGAACUGGUGAAUGUUCCAGUCGUGUCAAAAAAGCAACUUUUCUGGGCGGUUACGAAGCAGCGGUGUACUUUCUUUUUUCGCUGGUUUAUUUGAUGACACGUUCAGUGGCUGUAUCGCUUAUUGCAUCGCAAGUUAACUCGGCGUCGACUGUACCGGCGCCUGUUUUAUACGACGUGCCGUCGCCUGUGUAUUGUAUCGAGGUCCAAAGAUUUUUAGAACAGAUCCACGGAGACAAAGUGGCCUUGAGUGGACUUCAAUUUUUUAGCGUUACUCGAAGCUUGUUGUUGACGGUAGCGGGAACAAUAGUUACCUACGAGCUAGUUUUGUUCCAGUUUAAUAGUUCACCGCAAGAUCAGAGUACUUUAUUCAUCAAUAAUAUGACUUCUACACUUGUCCCUGCUCGCCAAUAA